AAAAAAGAUGUCAAGAAGAGACAAAAAAAAAGGUAAAAAAUAUGUCAUCUUUUGAGUUGCAAAGAGUAAUAGUGAACGAACUGGCGUUACAGAGAAGGAAUGGACUGGGCUCACCACGCUAAUGGCUAACGUUAAUCGAAAGCCCAGAAUAGCAUAAGGGCCUUUCCACCGCAUAACCCCACCCAACAGGAAUUAAUGGCUGCGCGCCAGUGGCGACGAACGAAGCCGCCGAAUCCACCGCAGCGACAUCCGGCAGCUCGAACGGCGAUGGCAUCAAAGACCACGCCUCGCCUCCUCCCAUGGGCACCGCGCGCCACACGAUUAUCACACAUUCGCGGCCGAGGGAGCGAGCAGCGCCGGCCGCUCCGCGGCACCGCCGGUAGCUCUCGCCUCCCGCCGAUACCUCUCGCCUGCCGCCGAUACCAUGGCCAACGCCGCGACCGACCCCGAUCGCAAAAGGACGCGGUUGACUUCGUCCAUGUCGUCAGUGGACACCAUCCUCCGUCUCCCACCCUCGCCGCUGAUGACGUCCCCGACGUGCGCGCCGGCGGGCCACGCGCUGGAGGAGCCACCCGCGCGGCGCAGGCCGGCGCGGAGAUCCAAGCCCGUGAGGAUAUUCCAGAGCAUGUGUCGGUCUCUACCGGUGCUGACGGUACCGCGCUGCGGGGGCAUUCUGACGGCGCCCGCGACCGCUGCGUCCGCGACGGCGUCGCCUCCGCGGUCUGACUCGCUCCUGUCGCUCAUAAUCUCGCCAUCGACCGCAUCGAGCGGCGGUGGAGGCGUCGGCGCGUCGUCCCGGCGGCGCAUGACCGGCACGCUCUUCGGCUGCCGCGAGGGCCGCGUGGCGCUCGCGCUGCAGGAGAACCCGCGGUGCCGGCCGUCGCUCGUGGUGGAGCUGGCGCUCCCGACGCACACCCUGCUCCGCGAGCUCGGCGGCACGGCCGGCGCGCGCAUCGUGCUGGAGACCGAGAAGAAGCACGUGGUGGAGGAGCACAGCGCCCCCGGCGGCGGUGAACAUGGCGACGCCGCGGCGAGGCAGCACGACGACGACGGGUGGCUGCUCCAUGAGCCGAUCUGGACCAUGUUCUGCAACGGCAAGAGGGUGGGCUACGCGGUGCGGCGGGAGCCUACGGACGGCGACAUCGCAGUGCUGGAGACGCUCUGGGCCGUGUCCAUGGGCGGCGGCGUGCUCCCGGGGAGGGCAGGCUCGGCCGCGCCGGACGGGGAGCUGGCGUACAUGCGGGGCUGCUUCGACCACGUCAUCGGGUCCCGGGACUCGGAGUCGCUGUACAUGCUUGGUCCUCAUGGCGGCGACUGCCCGGAGCUCGCCGUCUUCUUCGUUAGGCUUUGAGCGAUCGAUCGUCUGUCUCCCCCUCUUUCUCGGUCGAACAUUUCGUGUACAUACAUACAAAACGGCAUGCGUGAAUGCUUUGGCAUUGACGAUCGUC